GUGGUAGUUGUCACUCAAUUCCGCGGCAAUUGUCAGCAAAGUAAAAUACACCACUCCAUUCCAAUACUCCAUGCCCUAAAUUCCAAAAUUCUACCUUAGCACUUUGCCCAACUUCGUUUUGAUUGUUCAUUUUUUUGGCGGUCUGUUUCUUGUCAAUUGAAGAGAGAGAAAAAAACCUAAAAAACAACAACAAAAUAAUGGAAAUGGAAGAAGAAAAGAUAGGAAUGGUGUUAGUUCGAGCUUCAGAAUUGCGCUCCAAAAUCGCUAAUUGCAUUCACAAAACAAAAACCCCAAUUCAAUCUCAGCUUGAAGGAGCUCAAAUUAAUGGAGAUUCAACUAAUUCUCCUUCUUCUGCAGAAAAUGCUGAAGAAACAGAAGAUUCUGAAGCCCUUAUGAACAUUUGCUACGCUUUUGAUUCCCUUGAGUCUCAGCUCUCUUCUUUGCAAGCUUUACAACAACAGCAGCAAUACGAAAGAGAAGCUGCCAUUGCAGAUAUUGAGUACAACCGUAAGACGUUACUAAAGAAGCUCAGUGAGUAUAAUGGGGAACAUCUGGAUGUGAUACAAGAAGCAGAAGCGUUUGCAAGUAUGAAGGUGGAGCCCGACAAUGAAUUGUUACUUCCACCAUAUCAAACACACUCUCCCCAUUCUCUGGUUUUAGACAAGAGCUAUCUAUCACGCGUUCCAUAUUCAAGUAAGCUCGCACAAAAUGGUCUUAAUGGAGACAACGAAUUAAAGCAAAGUCAAGCACAAAGUAAAUCGAACAAGCUAUGGGGAGGGCUGAGAUUUCUUGUUCAUUCCACAACCAAGACGAUGCUUACCCUUGUUGGUGUAAUAUCUCUUCUUAGUUUAGCUGGUUUUGAACCUAAGCUUAAGAAGAAAGGUACUAAUUUGAAUGUCUUGUCCUUGUUCCAACAACCUGAUGGUGCUAAAGAAGGGGGACUUGUUGCACGCUGCCCUCCGGGGAAAGUAGCAGUGAUGGAGGACGGUGAGUUCCGUUGCAUUGUGAAGGAGAGAGUUGAAAUUCCAUUUGAUUGUGUUGCUGAUAAUCCUAAUGUGAGUUAUGGUUGUGGUUGAAAUGCCCUGUUUUGUGAGUCUUUUUUGUAUAUCCUGCCUUUCAUGACAAGUAAAUUUCUUUUACUUUUAAUAUUCAAAUGAGACAGUUUAAUGAA